AUGAAGCGGCGCGGCGAUAGGCACGCACGCGCUCGCACGCGCGCGCGCCCGGCACCACGUGACCACCGGCACGAGCGUGCACAGGUGUACACGCGCGUGUCUGUGUGGCUUCUGUGUCCACGUGUGUACAUCGGGUCGCCCAGGGUUCACGUUCGCCACUUCCCACCCUCCCUUCCACCUCCCUCCAUCCCCGCACUUAUACCUGUGGGACCCAGGUGUACGCGGGCGUGCGUACGCGAAUGUGCACAGGUGUUCUCACGUGUAUACCGGGGGCUGCUGUGUCCACACGUGCAUAGCUUCCCCCCCUCCGCCGCCCCCUCCCAGGUUCUGCGUAAGCGCUGUCCACGGUUUGCACGCGUGUACAUAAGUUGUACACGCGCAUUAGCACUCGUGUCUACACGGGGGGAGUUGCUCCUCCGUCCGCUGGAAACGAUGUUCCUGCAUGGCUCUGGCGGUGGCGUUGGAGGUGGCGGCUGUGGUGUUGGUGGCGUCCUCUGGGACGAGUCGAGGAGGCUCGGCGAGCACGAUCAGGGAUUUCCUGACCCCAGUCGCAACCCUUGGGCGUCCCCGUUCGCCGAGGCCCCUACUCCGAGCUCGCCAGGAAGGCGCUGCAUAGCGAGUCACCUGUGCACCUGCUAUAUCGCUCAUCAAAGUCAUCAAAAUCAUCAGCAUCAACAGCAGGACGGAGCACUGAGCAGAUGUGCGGAUGUCCAGGCGGUUCAACCACGCGGAUACAUGGGGUUUGAUGUGGAUGUUGUGUCCGAACAACAACAACAACAGCAGCAGCAGCAUCAUCCGCAGAUCGGCACCACUCCUGCCCGACAGCUACCGCCCUGGGCUGUGUACGCGCCGGGUACCUGGCCGGCCCAGGUGUGUGGUGGGUACAGGGAGCGCGCUCAGCCGUCCCACCUGUGGAAGGCCGCCAUCACCGCAGGGGAGGAAGGGUUCCCUGUGUUCGCGGGGGUCCAGCAGGAAGGGGGUCUCCCGUACCCCGCGGACCCCGUGCCCCGGCGUUCCCGCAAGAGGCGGGUCCCCUACAGCAAGGCGCAGCUGCGGGAGCUCGAGGCGGAGUUCGGGGCGAGUCGCUUCGUGAGCCGCGAGAGGCGGCGCGGCGUGGCGGCCAGUACCCAGCUCAACGAGAGGCAGGUCACCAUCUGGUUCCAGAACCGGCGCGUCAAGGAGAAGAAGAUUGCCGUGCGACGAGUGGGGUCCGCUUCCGGGGUCAAAUCGAGUUCCCAGGGAAUCGGGUCCCCAUGAAACGGGGGUCAAGCAGCCAAGCCCACCAUUCAACUACCUUGACGUUGUGUGCCACGUGGUCGCUCACCUGUGUGCCACGUGGUCUCUCACCUGUGUGCCACGUGGUCUCUCACCUGUGUCACUUGGUCUCAUCUGGCAUGUCGUCACACCUGUGCGUGACGUGUUCACACGUGUGCCACGCGACCUGUCUCACCGAUGUGUCACGUGGUCUCAAACGUGUGCCACGUGACUCGCCUCGCCUGUGUAACACGGCAACCUCACCUGGGCGAUGGUCACGUGACGCUGCAAGAGAAGGCUGUUGUUUCCAAUGGUUGUCUGGAUGGGAGCUGUUUUGCAUGUAUAAUUUAUAUUUAUUUCAGGUAUAUCACAAACAUUAGUCCGCUUACCAACGUCUGCAUAGGCAUUUUAUGUUUUAUUUUUUUAAACGUACAAUGUGUAAAUGGUAUUGGUCAAAUAUCCGAAUGCUUAAAAAAUAUGACAGCGCACAUUACUCAAUUGGGAUCACACAGCAGCAGCAACAUCGCCUUCUACUGCAAAAACUCGGCCAGACCCUCCUGAAAACGAGACUUGAGACUCAGCGAGGGCUUUCCUGGGGUAAAUGGGCAUCACAAUAAUUACGAAAAUGGUAUAUGUGUAUGUAACUAUGUACGUAUAUAUUUUAUUUUCCAUAUAUUCUUCCUAUAUGCGGCGGUUAUGCCGGUUCAUUGAUUAAUCGAUUCUUCCGCUUGAUGUUACGCGCAUGGUACUGCGCGUGUGAGUACCUAUUAUUAUCGAUUUACAUCCUUUAGGAUAAUAACAAAAACCUAACAAGUAUCACUGCGUUUUAAAAAGUUAGAAAAAUACAUAAUAGGCGACUUUACGGGCAAUGACCCUGAUGAGGGGCCAUCGAUGGCACUUAUGGAGACAAACUAUUGCCCGAAACGACGCCGCUUUGUUUAAUUCCAUUCGCUUCAGGGUAAUGAUCAGAACGAAGGGAAACAAUAGACAUGAGUCGGCCGAAACAAACGAUAUCGAACGGUGACGAUCACGUCGCCUGCGGGGUGAACGAGAGACUGGGUCGUCCUCCCGGGGUGCAUUUCCGAUCGUUUGACUGCCACUCUGCGGUUAGCCUCGACCCACGGGGCCAUCCCUCAACUUCCAUAAGCCGCGGGUGUCUUGCGUGUCGCGGUCGCGAGGUGAAGUCGGUAAAACGUCGCCAAUCCAAGGGAUGAUGACCGGCGGUGGUCUCGGGCAGCGGUUCUCGGGAGGACGAUCCCCGCCACCACCAGGGACUCCGCGACGCUCCUCCACGUUGCCCGCGGUGGCUGUGAUGCAAAUGCGGCUUGAUCCGGACAUUAAUGACAAUGCCAGUGCCUUUUUUGUGUCGGGCAUGAAUUAAUAUUUAACUUACUAUAUUUUAUUUUAUAAAUGUUUAAGUUAGGUAAACUACUUUGAUUCAACUACCCGAAUCGUAAGUUCUAAAUGUCACCCGUAAAAAAAACAACUUAUGGCUGUGUAAAUAUAACAAUGAUUUUGAUUUAAAGCUUCCGUGACUGCAGAGAUUCAUAUUCUUGGUUCUUUCGGUAAAGUCAC